AUGGAACCAAUUAAUUUAGGUAUUACAGCUGAUUUCCACGUCCAUUUACGUGAUGGUUCAAUGUGUGAAUUAAUAACACCAACUGUUAGACAAGGUGGUGUAGCUAUAGCUUAUGUCAUGCCGAAUUUGGUUCCUCCAAUUACAACUAAAAAGCAAGUUGAAGAAUACCAUCGUAAAUUAGAUAUUUUAUCUUCAAAAACAACAUUUCUAAUGUCGUUAUAUCUUUGUAAGGAACUAACUCCAGAACUUAUAGAUGAAUGUAAAGAUUUAAUUCAUGGUAUUAAAUGUUAUCCAGCUGGUGUUACAACAAAUUCAAAAUACGGGGUUGAUCCAAAUGAUUUUUCAUCUUUUUAUCCAAUUUUUGAAGCUAUGGAAAGAAAUAAUUUAGUUUUAAAUAUUCAUGGUGAAAAACCAGGAUCUGAUAAUGAUGAUAUUAAUGUUAUUAAUGCUGAACCAAGAUUUUUACCUGCCCUUAAAAAAUUACAUCAAGAUUUUCCAAAUUUAAAAAUUAUUUUAGAACAUUGUACAACAGCUGAAUCUAUAAAUUUAAUACGUGAAUUGAAUAAAGACGGUAAAGGCACAAUAGCUGCAACUAUAACAGCUCAUCACUUAUAUUUAAUAAUUGAUAAUUGGGCUGGUAAUCCAAUAAAUUUUUGUAAACCAGUUGCAAAAUUUCAAAAUGAUAGAAAAGCAUUAAUUGAAGCUGCAACUAAUGGUGAACCUUGGUUUUUUUUCGGUUCAGAUAGUGCACCACAUCCUAUCCAUGCUAAACAACAACAUGUCGGUGUUUGUGCUGGUGUUUAUACACAAAAUAAUGCAAUUAGUUAUGUUGCAGAAAUAUUUGAUAAACAAGGAAAGUUGGAAAAUUUAAAAAAAUUUGUUAGUGAGAAUGGUAUUAAAUUUUAUGGUUUAACAAAAGAAUUGGAAAAACAUAAACAAGCUGUUUGGUUGAUUAAAAGGGAUAAUAAAGUACCUGCUGUUAUAGGAAAUGGAUCUAUUGAAGUUGUACCAUUUAAAGCUAAUGAUACUUUAAAAUAUACGAUUGAAUGGAGAUAA